AAAUUUCUGUUAGCAGCCUUUUUGUAGCUUUUUCUUAUUCUCCUCUCUGUUUUAUUUCAUUUUCUCAACGUUUCUCGCAUCUCUUUCUUUCUAUCCAAACAACCUCAUAAUUCUCCUCCUCUUGGUAACCAAUGGAGAUGUCAAUGGAGGAUUCGUGUUCGCAUGUUCUAAUGCUUUCAAUGGCUCGCGUUUCCCUCUCUGUUGCUGUACGGACUCGACGGUCUCAACCGAAUUCUCCUAUACAGACAACAAUACGAAUAUGUAAAGUUAGAAUUAACUAAACACUCUGGUUUAGUUUCUUUUCCAGUUGUUUCUUUGGUAUUUUACGUUUCUUUUUGUUAUGGACCUGGAAAUCCAAGAAUUGAAGAUUUUUUAGGGUUUGCUUUUGAAGUUUGCUCUUUUAAGUUUCUGUUUCAUUUGCAUGUCGGAUUUUGGAGAAACUUAGUGGUGAAUAGAGCUCUAAAUUUGGAAAUUCAGGUUUCUAUGAUGCUGUGUAAUCUGAGCUCUUUAGGGUUUCAUGUGACGCUUGAGAGGCUUUCUGUACGCUAUCUUCUUAAAGGUGUUCAAUGGAUUUCUUGGAAUCUGAUUUUUAGAUUUCGGAUGUUAUGGUGAAAUUUGAAUCUUUUAUUUGGGUAUUUGGUUCUUUGAUGUUCUCUGCUUGCACUAACUCGAAAAACAAAAAUUGAAUUUGUAAAUUUUCGUUUGGUGCAAUUUGGAGGAGUGUAGUUUGCAACUGAAUUAGAUUUGAGAAUUUUUUUUUUAGUUAAAAAGAUUUGGAUGGCGGGAAGAUGGGAGUUGGGGUUACCAAAGAAGGGGACUAUCAGUUUAAAGGAGCAGUUAGCCAGGACCACUCUUCACAAUGUGAGAUCGCAAGGACAUCCCUAUGUGGAGCUUCGUGAGGAUGGGAAGCGGUUUAUAUUCUUUUGUACUUUAUGUCUUGCACCAUGUUACAGUGAUUCUGUGUUGUUUGAUCACUUGAAGGGUAAUCUUCACACUGAGAGGUUAUCAGCUGCUAAACUUACUCUCCUGAAAGCAAAUCCAUGGCCUUUUAGUGAUGGUAUUCAUUUCUUUACUAAUUCAACUGAGAAUGAGAGACAGUUGGCCAUCACAAAUGACAAGCGUAGUAAAUUCUUGGAGUCUAACAGCAAUGUUAACAGUCUUGCUAUUGUAAAGUAUGAUGCAAAUAUGAGACCCACCAUCAAUGGGCAUGUUGGAUGCAAUGAGGAUUUGAAUGAAAAUGCUGGAACUUGUGAUCUAGUCAUUCCAGGUGUAGUUGUAAAGGAUGAAAUUUCUGACUUGAAAGCCAGGUUUAUUGGUUCUGGACGAAUUGCUGCUAGAUUCUGUGAGAAGGAUAACAAUACAAGUGAAAUUUGUAGAAUAUGGUGUGAGUGGUUAGGGGAGGAUAGUCCUGUUUAUGAGGACAUGGUCAAAGUUUCGGAUCACGAGUUUGCUGUUGUGAUUUUUGCUUAUAAUUAUGAUUUGGGAAGAAAGGGUUUGCUUGAUGAUGUAAAGUUGUUGUUAUCAUCUAGUCCUACAUUAGAGUUAGAUAAUGGAGAAGGGACUAACAGAAAAAGGAAAAAGUCUUUUUCUGACCCUGAGGAUGCCAGUGAGUCUUCAAGUAAUCACUAUUAUUCAUCUGGUGAAGAAUCUUCAGCUUCAAAUGGUGGUUCUUCUAGAUUGCUGUUGAAUCAAUAUUAUGACCAUCUUCGUCAUUCAAUGUUUAUAUCAAACAAGACCAUAAGGCGGGAGUUGAGACGGCAACAUCGCAUAGCAGCGGAAAGAAUGUGUGACAUCUGUCAGCAAAAGAUGCUUCCAGAGAAAGAUGUAGCAACACUCAUAAACAUGAAGACAGGAAAACUUGCUUGCAGUAGCAGAAAUGCGAAUGGGGCAUUUCACGUUUUUCAUAUUUCCUGCGUCAUACACUGGAUACUUCUCUGUGAAUAUGAAAUGGCUAAAUAUCAAUCAGUUAGUCCAAAAGGGAGAGGUAGAUCUAAAAGAAAGAAUGGAGCUAAAUCCAAUAUGGCGGGCAAGAAUGGAAAGGUAAAAGCAUUAAAAAGUCAAAUUGAUUCCGUGUUCUGUCCAGAGUGCCAGGGCACUGGGGUGAAGAAUGAGGAAGAUGAGCGGGAGAUGCCAAAAAUCCCUCUUUCAGAGAUGUUCAAAUAUAAGAUUAAAGUGAGUGAUGGACGCAGAGCAUGGAUGAAAAGUCCUGAAGAGUUGCAAAAUUGCUCGACAGGUUUUCAUUUUCCUUCCCAAUUGGAAGAAUCUGUUCAGGAAAAGGUAUUGCCGCUGAAAUUGCUGCAUUUCUACCGGGCAUAUGCGUAGAGUUUGGCCAUAGUUCCCAGUUUCUGAAUCUUGCAAUUCACUGUUACUUGGUUGGUAGGAGCAUGUUUCUGUCUCUAGCAUAGUGGUGUUGACCCUUUCGAAUGGAUAAUGAGUAGUAGAAAUAGGUUUAUGAAGGCAUAUAGCUUUGUGGAUAGCUGUCUUGUAUAGCAGUGAAUAGACCUUUUGUCUAACCAGGGAUGGGUGAAUACAUGGUUGUACAUUGUUAGAGUAAGGAAUUGGUCUCGAAUUUAGGUCUUUAGCCA